ACUGAUGGGGUUUCUGGAAAUUCCAAUGCUUGCGAUUUUACAACUAGGUUAUCAAGGGCUCAGGUGAAGUCAAACUUCAGGAACGAUCUUUCUGGCGAGCUAACACAACAUGCACAUUCUCCAGUGUGACAGCUUUUGGAUAUGAUAUAAUAAGGAAAAAUGUGUAGGCUCGCUUGGCCAGCCAAUAAUAAUGUGUGAAGAUACCGGUAUGUUCAAUAUGGAUGUAAGUGAGGUUGGUUCAGCUAUUGUGGAGGUG